AUGUCUCUGCGCGCCGCAACCGACGCCCGUGGCGAGCUUCGCUUCGACCUGCAGCGCUCGCCCAGCCAGCCGUCGCUCACGCACACGGUUCUCACCGAGCAGUCCGACGACCAGGGCCGCUCGCUCACGACACCCUACGCGACCAGCAUCGACUUUGACUCGUCCACAACCGAUGAUCAUGGCCAUCUUCUUCCCAAGGGUGCGGCCCCUGCGCGGCCCGGCGCCACCUCCGCCACAGGGGGUUCUUGGGGGCGUUCCUCUGUUCGCUCGAUCCGCAAAAUGCCUAGUGUGCCAUCACGCUCCAUCCCCGAAUUCCAUGUCCCAGCUUCAUCGCCCACUCCCGCCCCUCCUCUGCCGACACCUCCCGUCACCGACAACGUCGACAAGCGGAAGAGCAAGCGUCUGUCGUUGACGCGGUCUCUACACGACCUCCGGGAGCGCCGCGCCGCAGACAAGGCACGCAAACGCGCGAGCACACUUUCGGAAAAGCUGCCGAGGCGAGUGGCUGACCUCCCACCAGAGCUUCCGCCAGUACCAUCCGUCCCGUCCAUGUACAAGGCGGCCGGCCCGUCAUACCAACCUCACUCGCAGCUUCAGACAGGUCCUCCCUCUCCCGCUCCCAGAUCACGAUUUUCCAUGCUGCCAUCACGACGCGACGCGACCGAACACACAGUUGGAGGUUUGCCAUCGGCGCCACCGACGCCCAAGUCCUCUGGAUUCGCAGGAUUCAUUCGCAGACUUACAAGUAAGAAGAGCCGAGCGGAUCUGUCACAGCACGUGCAGCAUGUCCCUCCUGUUCCUCCUGUUCCUCCAAAGUCGAACUCCGGGCGAUCGGGCACACAACGCUCGACCACACGUCAGCCGGCGACAACUAUGCCCGCACAGGGACCGUUCGGAUCGAUAGGCCGCAAGACGCGUCUCGAUAAUGUCCCGCAGGUCGAGGCACCAUUGGCUGUCCGUGGCAUGCUUGCCGAGAUGAAGGACGAGUCCGGCAGCAUCCAGCGCCGCGGAACCAACAGACAGCAGCGACAAAGCCAGAUCCGCCGUGUCCCCGUCCCGACAUACUCGAUGGACGAGUUUGAGCCCAUUAUCGAUCCCCGGGAUCUCCCCGCCCCGCCAGAGCCGCCCGUGGAGCUUCAUGCCGCUGCCGAGGCGCGUGCCGAAGCCUUCGCGAGACUCAUCGGCUCGCGCCCUGCCGCGUCCUCGAUCAAGUCGAUCGACUCUGGCGCCUCUCACCGUGUUCGUGCGCCCGUUCCGCCGCCGCGUACCAACUCGCCCCGCUCCAAACAGUCGACCCCUGCGUCCAAGUCGGGCUCGGACAUGCCCAUUACGCCUCCACCUGAGGCUAUGGACGUUUUCACCGCAUACCCUGUGCCAACUCCCAUUGUCGCGCGCGAGGUCUCAGAGGAGCCCGAGUCGAUCGGUGACGACCGUCCGGCUCCCGGCUCGUCCAUUGAGAUCAAGUCAGUCCGUCGUUACUCGGUGACAUCGCAGGUUGUCGUCAUAGACAAGGACGGCGACAGCGACCUGCGUCCGCCGAAACUCAACGUCCUCACAGCCCGCUCGGUCCCACACGCCGCGAGCGCCGUAUCCGCACACAGCAAGGUCUCCAGUAUCUCCGGGAGCGAGAUGGAGGAGGAGCACUCGAUGCUGGUACAACAUGGGAGCCGCGAGCCCCUCCCCGUCACGCCCCUCGUGAUUCCCAUUCCAAUGGUUGGGGGCUCACCGCUGACUUUUGGUGCGAAUCUGCACCGGGCUGUCGAACCGCAGCAGGCGGCCCAUCAGCCGUUCUUGGCCGAGAGCCCGACGGACCGCGACUCCUUCGGCCAUGGCUUCCUCCCGCCCCGGGUCCUCAGUCGCCAAGAUUCUGUCGAUGACUUCCACUCGGCGUACGGCCACGGCUCAGUCUUCGGGUCUGACGCUGGCCAUGCUCCAUCGUCAUACGGCUACGGGCGGCAUCCCGUCUACGGCGGUAGCCGCUCAGACCUGGGCCACACCACUUACCGGGUUCCCCACGGCGCGAGCCGCUCUGAUCUCGGACACGCCGAUUCCUUGCAGACGGCGCGCAUGUUCAGCGCGAGCGCGAGCCGUUCUGACCUCGGACAUGGCAGCAACCUUACACAGCACCCAUUUAUUGCCAAUGGCCACCUCGCAAGCCGACAGACGAGCGCCUCCCGCGUGGACUUUAGCCGGCCGCCCACGGCGAGCCAUUCAGACGUUGGUCACGGCCGUUCGCCAAUGGCGAGCCAGUCCGACCUCGGCCACACCAUCCCUCGCGUGGCUAGCCGCUCCGACCUUGGGCACGGGGCGCGCCCCAGCGCCCGUUCAGAGAUUGGCCACGCAUCCCGCUCCGAGAGCAGCCACAGUUUCCGACGGCCAAGUCAAUCCGAAAAUGGACAUGGGCGUCCGCUUGGCCCCAAGCGUUCUGUCCCUGACCUGCGGAUGGCCAAGACGUCUUUCCCAGACCUGCGUUCGGCCGCCUCUAUCAGCCGCCAGGUUUCGCGCGACACAGCCUCUGGAUACAGCGGGUCGAUAACUAGCCACCGCGCUCCGUCGCGCCAGGCUUCGUUCGGCGACUUGGGGCUGUCGCGCGGGCCAAGCACGUCGAGCAGGAGGCUUGGCGGGCGCAAGGUCUCAUAUGAUGACUUUGCGCGCGUCGCAGGAUCUACGCACGGCAGUGUGAGCGGGCAUGGGCACGACAGCGACGAGUUCUACUCGGCCAUGGACCACUCGAGUAUCGGUCACAGCUCAUGGCUGCACGAGGACCCGCGCGCGACACCCACCCCUCGCACGCCACGUACGCCGCGCACUCCGCGCGCGCUUGCGGGCAGCUCGCCGGCGCGCGAGGCGCCGGUCGGCGACGGCCUUCUCGAGCGGAGCGGGAGCCGCACACGCCUGCGCUCGCUCACGCGCAAGAUGAGUAAGAAGACCAAGCAGCCGCCCACGAGCUACGACGCCUACGCCGAGAAGCAGGUGCAGCUGCUUACGAGACGCAAGAGCUGCAAGCCUACGAUGCACUCGGACGCGAGUCUUGCUGCCGAGAUCAACGGCGUUACGGACAAGGAGGACGCGCGGGUGAUGGAGGCCGUGUUCAUGGCCUAG